UUGUUGAGCUUAACUCUUCAUCUUAUCUCGGGUACGAAUUGAAGCAUACAGCACUUCGUGGGUCACAGCGUUAUGAUGAUGCAUUCGAGGCCUUCAAAAUCAUGCUCUCCAAGUUGGAUGAUGCACCCGACCCACAGAUACGACAGCUACGCCAACAAUUCAUCAGUCCAUCUGAAGUAGAAGAUGCUAUUCGACGAGCCAUCCACACCCAACUGGAAAAUGCUCCACUUCGUCUAAUCAACACCUCUACUGGACGUCUGUGCAAUCGAGAUGCGCAGAUCAAUGCGUUCGCGGAGAGUACAGAGUACAAAGAGCUUCUACAUUCGUCGGUGAUGCAUGUCCCCCUCCAAAGGGAACCCAUCAAAGAAGCAGUCGCGAAGUACUUCAGUUGGGUCAUGUUAUCUCAUAGGUGGGAAAGGAACGAGCCACUGCUGCAAGGUAUUCAGGGCAAGGAUAUAUAUGGCUUGGAUCCGGUCGGGACCGUGGUGAAGUUGCAGAAGUUUUGCGAAGUCGUACGUGAUACGGGGCAUCAUUGGGCGUGGAGCGAUACAUGCUGCAUCGACCAGAACAACAAUGCUGAGCUCCAGCAAUCAGUCAACUCCAUGUUCGUCUGGUAUCACCACUCAGCGCUCACCAUCAUCUACCUAUCGGAUGUUCCUCCUUCGUCAAAGGCGGGCGUGCUCGCAAGCAGCAUCUGGAACACACGAGGAUGGACCGUUCAAGAGUUCCUCGCUCCUAAAAUUGUUCUCUUCUACCAAGCAGAUUGGACCCCAUAUCUCGACGACCGCUCACCCAACCACAAGCAGUCUGUCGUUAUUAUGAGGGAGUUGGAGCGUUCAACGGGCAUAAACGCGCGGGCGCUCGUCGACUUCCAUCCCGGGACAAGAGAUGCCCGAGAGAAACUCCGAUGGGCGUCAAACCGCGACACCACGAGGGAGGAAGACAUCGCCUACUCUUUGUUUGGCAUCUUUGAUGUCAACCUUCCUGUUAUCUACGGAGAGAAAAGACAAAAGGCGCUCGGACGACUCUUGCAGGAGAUCAUAGCCCAUUCGGGCGACAUCACGGCCCUUGAUUGGGUGGGACAAUCGUCCAACUUCAACAGCUGUCUCCCAGCUGAGAUUUCCUCAUACAAGGCUCUGCCAUGCACGUUGCCAUCUCUAUCUGAACUCGACAUGCGGGUAUCGGUCUCUAGGUUGCGAAGCAAUAUUGUGGCUGUGAAGUCGGCUUUGAAACUGUACACCGCUCUUGAGAACCUCAGCGUUCCUCGUUUCGCAAACGCCAGACUUCAAUUACCCUGCAUCACAUUUCCUCUCACCGAAGUCAGGCGGAGUGUUGGUAAAGAUGAGGACAAAUGUUUCACAUAUGAAGUCAAGGCAGAUGGGCUACAAGACCUGCUGGUCACGACGGAAGACAGGCUUGUUCAAUUCUCGCCUGCAAGGCGCACCCGGAAAACAUUUCUGCUUAUCCUUCCGUGGAAUCGGUAUGAUCUCGAGUUGGUCGACUUUCCAGAUGCGUCGCAGAGCAUGGACGAAUGGAUGAAUGGGCCUGGAGAUGAUGAGCUUGUUACCAGAAGGUUGAGGUUACUCGUACGCUUUACUCGUCCUUUUGGCGCACUUUUGCUAGCGCAACAGCGUGGCGGGGAGUAUAAGAGAAUCGCUUCGGACAAUAACAUCAUCGCGCAAGUCCGGGACAUAACUUUUGUUGAUAACAUGGAUGUCAGGAUGCUAGAAAUAUUGUAGCUGCUGGGAAUAUGAAUGUCGGACGCAUUUUCAUCUAUACCUUGCAUGCAAAAACACCUGAAUCCUAUAAUAUUUAGCCUAACCUGCGUAACCCAACCUGCUCACUAUAUAGAUCUAGAACGCAUGUACAUGGUUUUCGAUUGGGAUAUUCCUGUGGUGUGCUUAUAUUGCUUUCGCGUAUACUUCUCUCACACAAUAUUGUUGUCUACUCUAGCAAAGUCAUUUACUCGAAUCACGACGACAAUUGUGUGGCAUUAUUGUCUUCUGUUUGAGUACUUGCGAGU